ACACUGCCACCCCUUCAACAUACACGACCGCGAGCAUCCUUGUCCUGCCUUCUUGACCACCAUCCAGAGACUCUCUCGUCCGGCCGCUUAGCCUCUCCCGCUCCGCGACCCGCACCGAAAGGCCUACCCGGCCAGCUGUACCUCCCUCAAGUUCCUCGGGUCUGUACCGGACCCAACCGCCACAAUUUCUACUCCACUCCGCAUCCAGUCGAUCCUCUCCCCCCCGGAUCGGUCAGACGCCGAUGAUAAUUCGAAUAUAUCGUACAGCCAGACUGUCGCCAAGAGAAAGUUCGACGACGAGUUCUCCCUCGCCGGCAGUCCUCCGAGACUUGCGCCGCUGACGGCACUCCCCGACAGGCCGCACGUCAACACAGAAUUACCACGGACAGACGUCUUUAGAGGACUCGCCGCUCGGGGGUCGGGGGAUGCCGAGACCAGGGCCAUGACGGCGGGCAGUCUAGAGGGGAGGAAACCCCCUAAGAUGCGGCCACCAAUGCGAUCGAGCAUCGCCUGCCUACGCUGUCGGAAGAGCAAAAUCAAGUGUACGUCGAGUCUUCAGGGUCCGGUUGGUCCUGCCCCGGGUACGUACGGCAAAGGUGACAACAACGGCACCCACAGCCCGUGUGACGGCUGUAUCAAGACUGGGAAAGAAUGCAUCUUCAAGGUUGCCGACACUCCCCCGGUGAAGAGAAACGAGCCGCCUACAGGGGUUCGGCAAGAUCGGGACGGGGGCUCCGACAGGAAGAAGCUGAAAAAGAUAGAUGACAUGUCCAAGGGAGAUAACCAGAAGGCUAGCGUUUACGCCGAGGAUGUGCUUUCUGCGCCCUUCUUGACGGAGGACCUGUGGGAGCAAGUAUUGGAUCUGUACAAGUUGCAUUUUGCCCCAGAGCUUCCCUUCUUGCAUCUGCCAACCAUGAAGGAGAAACUAGGCCGCAAAUUCAGGGGCCCGCAGCAGGAGGACAGCUCGGACCUGAAUCUGGUGCUGUUGGGAGUCCUAACUCUCACCGCUCGGUUCCAUCAGGAUCUGGUCAAAUACCUUGCACACAUAUGCAACAACCAGCCGGGAAACGCCAGGACUCGGCCAGUUCAGACGCAGUUCGAUCCUACUGCGGCGUCUGAAUAUUAUGCCGAUAUCCUUACCAUGGCUCUCGGCUCUCUACGAAUCGCAAUGAAGACCGCAUCCGUCGAGAGGGUAGCGGCACUGCUCAUGUUGGGCCUCUACGAGUGGAGUCAGGCGAGACCGAAGUCCGGAGGCCUCGGUGCCUGGAUGUACGUUGGUCUCGCCAUCCGGAUGGCGCAGUACCUAGGGCUCGGGUUCGGCGACAUUUGCGAACCCGGGGACUCGCAGGGUAGAAUCGCCGACGGCCAGAGAAGAAAUUCAUGCCACGAGUCCCAAGUAGCCUUGGAUAGGGAAAUUCGGAGGCGGACGAUGUUUAGUUGUUUCAUUUUGGACCGCAUGCUUGCUUGCGGCAAGGAGCGGAUAUCGAUCAUCCAGCGGGAGGACCUCCAAAUCCAGCUCCCGUGCUCGGAGGACAAGUUCGAUCUAGCCAUGGAAGUACGGACGGGUUUCCUGACAGAUCCUGUUCGUCAUGGCCAGGACGACAGUGUCCUCAGUCGUUUUAUCCAAUUGGUCGACAUCUGGGGCGAAGUAUCAAGAUUCAGCUCACGAGGUGGUCGCCUGAACGAGGUGUCUUUUCCGUGGGACGAGCGAACCACAUUUUUCCAGUUGAAUAAGAAACUCGCGGCUUUCGACGCGGAGCUCCCGGGCACCUUCACAUUCUCGCGUUCCAACUACUUCAAGCACGAAAAUCACCAAGCAUCUAGCGUGUAUGUGCUAUUGCACAUGCUCAGGAGUGUUUGUUUGAUUAUGCUACAUCGGGAAUAUAUACCUUUCGUGCCUAUCCGCUGUAAGCAACCCGAAGGCCCGUUGGACAGCCCGACAUUUCCGAAGGACGAGCCACCUGAAGGAUUUUGGAUAGCAAGCGCGGAGCAGGUUUUCAAGGCGGCUCGAGAGAUCGUAGAUCUGAUCGACAUCUGUCAGAGAAAGGACAAGUUGCCCCAGUCAACCAUCGUCCUCUUCGCCAUUUGGACCGCUGGCUUCGUCGGGCUAUAUGCGGAGCACUUUCCCCAGAUGGACACGGAGAGCCACAUGUUGGGCUACGAUUAUGAGGACAGCAGACAGGACGAGUCCACGGCCGAAGUUUUCAGGCGCGGAUCGGUGGCAUUAGCGUUGGCAACGCUAAACAAGAUGUCAACGUGGCUCAAGAUGGCAUCAACGUAUGUGGGAAUUCUCAAGCAUAUGGAUAAGUAUUUCGAGACAAUCAAACAGGACUACCAUCGAUAUUCCUCGAACGGGAGAGCAGAGCAGACGACCUUGAGGGUUCGGGAAGGCGGAACUGGCGGCGGGCUCGAGGAAUAUCGGCCCAUGUCUAAGACGCUUAAGGACUUUGGCUUUCUUCAACCGGAGGAACACGAUCAUGUCGAGGGUCCAGAGCGCUCGUCGUCAGGCACGGCAGAGCGCGCGCCGCCGGGGGGCGCCGAGGCUUCCAGCGCGCCCGCCACAAACAAGACACCGAAAGUCGCCCCCACAAGUUCUUUCACCGCGAUCAACCACACACCGAUCAUGCCAGCACCCGAUGCCGGGAAUCCAUUUAGUCGAGACACGGGAUAUCCGACUCCGCUUCCGGAGAUCUAUGCCGAUUCCUGGCGAUAUCACAGCCAGACCCACCAGCAGCAUUCUCCUCGGUCGCAAACCUUCUCGACGGGCACGACGCUGGAUCCCGCCACCAUCGCCUCCGAAGCUAACGAGCGCGUCGCGGCGAACGAGGACAGGCCCGACUCGGUGAACCUGCUGAAGAAGGAGGACUUCUUGGAUUCCUUGAAGCGGGAGGAGCCGCGCCGCAUCGGGACGAUAGGAGACCUCGGGUACUUCUCGAGCGGCGACUCCCAGCUCCCCGUGGCAGAGAUGCCCUUCGGAGACUCGUCCUACAUACCGGCCCUGGCGGACUCGUCUUACCAGUUUUUGCAGCAGAUCGCGGACUACUAGGGUCCGAAUUGCGUCAGUCGGGGACGGGCCAGGGUCGGUCGGUCGGUCGACCAGCUGGGGCGCCCAAGUGGAGAGGGGAAAGGGGAGGAUCGGAGGAAUGACUUUCUAACUCUUAUUCACAUCUGUGUUCUUUUUGCGGGAAGGGCGUCUCAGGAAUAGCCAGGAAAAACGGCAUCGGGUUCGCAAGAAGGGGUAACAAAGUGUAUUAGCGUUAUUCUUGUACGGGUCACGGCCGAGGUCUUGGGCAGGAUUUCGGUUCUAAUGGUCGGUUUAUCUUGUUUUUUUUCCCCUUUAUCUUUCUUUCUAGGUCUCUCACACACACGCUCUCUC